AUGACAUCGUCGCGCCCGCCGCUGGCGUCCUCGACGUCGUCUCUGAGCCUCGUGGGCGGCCCAGAGGAGCUCAAUACUGAUAUCAGCAGUCGCGUGCUGUGCUGUGGUCCACUCGAGAAGCGUCGCGACGGGGCAGUGCGUGGUGGAUGGGCCUCGCGGCUCUUUGUUUUGACGCCCGAAGCGCUGUACUAUUACCGCAAAACGGCUGAGUCGGAGCUCUUGGGCGAAGAACGCGGUCAUAUCGCGCUCGCAUCGAUCACGAGGGUACGCGCCAUGCCGCAAGACGAGGCGCCUGCAACGACGGCAGAAGUGGGUGUCGAGCACUACUACCUGGAGAUCUGCACGGAAGACCAUCUGUACUUGAUGCGGACCUUACUUCGAGAGGCGUCGACGUGCGAGAGCUGGUCAACUGCUAUCGAGGAGCAGCGCAAGGUGUUGCGCGUGGGAAAAGGAGAGCAAUGCACUAGCAGUUCGACCAUUGUGGCUUCUGCAGAGGUGCUGCCUAGCCCUACUUUGCUUGCACGGAACCACGACACUUCUACGCGUUUCGACGCCUCGCAACCUCGGGUGGCCAUGGUCUCGGUUGUGCAUGCUAGCAAGCAGGACGCGCAGCCAGCGGAAAAGGUGAUCAAACGGCGGAUCGAAUGGGGCGAAAGACUAGAUCUUGGCGUGAUUCCGCAAGGAGGAGCAUGCGUCAUGCUUCUUCAGAAUGGCGGUCUCGGUCGUAUAGGCACGCAAGCGCUCAUGAGCAACUGGGACUCAGGCCGUGCCUGCUGGAUCGAAGUUGCGGACGCCGAGUGUCCUACGGAGGUCGAGAUCUCAGUAAGUUGCAAGGUGUUGUCGCAAAAGAACCGAUCGAGGUCGACCAAGCCUUCGUGUGCGCAGGAACGACUUCCGAAGUGGAUGGAGUGGGUGGAUGAAGGCGCCAGCAUCGGUUUCCUGCUCAUGUGCCUGUUCGUUCACUUGCUAUACGGCGUUGACGGCUUCCACUGGUCGCACAAGUGCUGCCUUACCGUUGGUGCUGCUCUCGCCAUUUCGACGAUUCUGAAUGGAUCUGCGAGAAGUUCACCAACGCCUGUGCCAACGCCGAGGUACUUGAGUCCGACGAAUUUUCUACCCAAGCUGCAGUUUACCCUCAUUGUUCAUCGAUGUCGGAUAAAGAGGGAGGGUAUGGAGUACACGUACCCGCAGGCAACCAGCGGUCAAGAGUAG